AGGAGGAUGGUGAAGGACCAAAUAGAGGAAAGUGGGUAGUUAGAAAGCCAUCAUGGAGGUCUGGAGAGGGGGAUAAUCUGAUGAAGAGGCUUCAACAGAAGAUAGAUGCCUCUUCAUCAGAUCGGCCAAGAUUCACAAGAGUUCCAGGGGGGUUAUCAACUAAGGGAAAACCAAAGAACCCUGUCACAUGGGCUGUUAACGAUGAUUUGCCAAGACCACCCAGAAGCUCUGUGCCUUCCAGUGGCUCAAGAGAACAGGAAAAUCAACAAUCAAGUACUAAUGAUCUGCCAAGAAGAGAGAGAUCUAGAAGUCCAGCAAGAAGCCUAAGCCAGCGUCAAUCCAGAAGAAUGAGUUCAAAAAGUCCCUCAAGCAGCCCAGAACGGCCAAGAAGAUCAAGAUCUCGCAGCACUUCUUCUGAGGUUACCAGAAGAACAAGAUCACGCAGUCCUUCACCUUAAGUCAUCAGGAAUGAAGGCGUGUACAGUCCUAAUCGACUACAAAGAGAAUUAAGAGAAGAUAGGACGUCAAAUGACUUAAUGAAGAAAAGGACUAGGAUACCUGCGCCAUCUUGAAAGGUAGCC